UCUCAGAGCGGCAGAGGCGUGCAGGCACAGGGGACAGGAAGCUCUGCACUGUGUGAGUGUGUGUGUGUGUGUGUAUGGGUUCCUUCCGAUAAUCCGCGUUUAUUCACCCGUGCGGCGCUUCAUGCUUGUCCUGCAGCACAGGAGGAAGCUCCGAGGAUCCCGCAGGCUGCGUGUGUUCCCGGGAUGCUGAGUGAUUCCUCCGCGGUGUGACAUGGCGAGGCGGCGGAGAGAGCUCACACACACCGCAGCCUGAACACCUCAACAUAAACACCUCAGGAACUCAACACCGACACUCCGUGCACCAAACCUCAGUGGAUAGAACUUUCAUAGAAUAAGUAAUAAAGAAGAUGUUCGGUUCAGUUUGGCCAGUUUCGGAUCGGAAUAAACCCGGAUAAGACUCAGGGAGAUCCGAGUGACGUCACGGAUCGUCUUCUUUACGGAUUGCAGGCUUUCCGUCACAGCACGAGAAGCUCGAGAAAGCCGAGCACACACGAGUGUGAAUACAGUUCGAUCGGCAGUCACAACUCGACGUCAAUGGAGUCUCCGUACAAGAGGAAGACCGCCAAGAGGAAGUGGCAGGUUUUUCCCGGGAGGAAUAAAUUCUACUGUGAUGGCAGGAUUAUGAUGGCGAGACAGACGGGAGUCUUCUACCUGACUCUCGUUCUCAUCCUCGUCACAAGCGGGCUGUUCUUCAUGUUUGACUGUCAGUUUUUGGCGGCCAAGCUGAGUCUGGCGAUCCCCGUGGUCGGCGGCGUGCUGUUCUUAUUCGUGCUUGGGACGUUACUUAGGACGAGCUUCAGUGACCCCGGCGUCCUGCCCAGAGCCACCCCGGAUGAAGCCGCGGACCUGGAGAGGCAGAUAGACGUCGCCAAUGGUUCCAGUACCACCGGGUACCGCCCUCCUCCACGGACAAGAGAGGUCACUAUUAACGGACAGAUGGUGAAGCUCAAGUACUGUUUUACUUGUAAGAUCUUCAGACCACCGCGAGCAUCGCACUGCAGCCUUUGUGAUAACUGCGUGGACCGCUUCGAUCAUCACUGUCCCUGGGUCGGGAACUGCGUCGGAAAGAGGAACUACCGCUUCUUCUACAUGUUUAUCCUGUCGCUGUCCUUCCUCACCAUCUUCAUCUUCGCCUUCGUCAUCACGCACAUAAUCAUGAAAUCCCAAAGUAGCAGUUUUCUCAACGCUCUCAAAGACAGUCCGGCCAGCGUGCUGGAGGUCGUCGUGUGCUUUUUCUCCGUGUGGUCAAUCGUGGGACUCUCAGGCUUCCACACAUACCUUAUUGGAUCCAAUCAGACCACCAAUGAAGAUAUUAAGGGGUCAUGGUCGUCAAAAAGAGGGAAAGAUAAUUACAACCCUUAUAGCCACGGAAACAUUUUCACAAACUGUUGUGCAGCCCUCUGUGGUCCUCUUCCACCCAGUCUCAUCGACAGAAGAGGCUUGGUCCUGCCCGAUACACUGCAGCAUGCCCCGCCCACUAAUGGUAUCACAAUGUACGGUGCCACUCAGUCCCAGACCCGCGUGUGUGACCAAGACCAGUGCAUUCAGAGCACCAAAUUCGUUUUGCAGGCCGCCGCUACACCGCUGCUGCAGAGCGAGACCCCGGUCAUGGCUGAUGAAUCGAUGGCGUCGAGCAGACCGGCCCUCGGCACGCCCUGCCCGCUGCUUCCUCUGGGCCAGCCCACACCGCCCACCUCCACCCCCAGCCUAAGCUGUGACGUUGAGAGUCUGAGCCCUGCAGCCCCCGAGGCCCAGCACCACUUCCUCACGCCCGACGACGCCCCCUCGCCCCCGGGCAUGCUCCCCUGCACGAGCCCGCCGGACCCCACCCACACGGUGCCCUUCUACAAUCCUGCCAGCCAGGACUCUCUACACGAGGACUCGGUCCGUGGCCUGGUCAAACUCAGCUCUGUUUAAAUAAACGAGCGUGCGCUGGUCAUGGCGCGUGUCCCUCACACCGGCGCGUGUCCCUCACACCGGCGCGUGUCCCUCACACCGGCGCGUGUCCCUCACACUGCCCCUGAUUCUGUGCCAAGAGCCCGCUCGCUCAUCAUCGUAACUCUGCAGUCUCAGUGACUUGAGUCUUCUUGAGUCACUCAGUGCGGACCUGAGGACAUUUAAACCAGGUCUACAGUCUGACACGCCCAAGUGAGCCGCCAAAUCUGUCUCUGCUCCUCAGACUGUGUGCGCGUGGAUCCAGGGGCUGGUGGCUCCAAAACAAAGGGCUGUAACUAACUCGCGUCAAACUGUUUAGAAAGAGGACGUUCCACUAGAAAAGCUGCUUCACGCGUCUCUGACUGACUGACUGGGAGUCUCUCUGUGUUCUGGAGCUGAUUUUCUUUCUUUCUGUUUUUUUUGUUUGUUUGUUUGUUUCUCUGCCUGUUGAUUGGGACCGGACACUUUUCACCUUCCCAUCUUUUGAGAUUAUUGUACAGCCGAUAACGACGUGAGCUGUUUGUCAUGUUGCAUAAGUGUACUUUUUUUUUUCUUUUUAUCUACUUUGGAAACAGUAUGGUAUUCUGUUGUGGCACAAAAGAUUUUCUUUUUUGCAACAAAUCGGUGUUUUAUCAUAUGGAUGUUCCUACACAAGUCCCUGAGUUUUAAUGGGAUUCUAUCAAAGCUGUUCCUGCUCGAAUCUUGAAACACUUCCUUGUUGUAUGCUGCGACGUUCCCUGGUCUGCAUAAACACAGUGUUAUCACGUGACGAUUGCCUGUAGUGAAUGUCUUACCAACAUGACCUAUGAUACUGUGUUAUGAGAAAAGAAUUAAUAAAUACACUGCCCAAUAAAAUCUGAUUAAUUACAAAUACCACGUACCCGUCUAAUUUCACUUCCGUCAGGAUGCUUUUGUAGGUCUGACAGAAGAAAUGUAAUAAGCAGCUUGUAGAUUAAUCGUAAGUACUUUCAUACAAAUAUGUUCAAGUAAAUUGUUAUACAGCAGAACUUUGCCUCAAGUGUAAGGCAUUCGAGGGAGAAAUGUCCUUUAGACAAAUUAUAAUCCGUAGCAAAUAAUACUGUGUGU